AUGUGCAAGCCAGCUGUCUGCGGUACCUGCCAAAAGUCCACCUGGUGGGGAUGUGGCUCUCACGUUCCCAGUGUCAUGGACUCGAUCAACGAAGCCGAUCGCUGCACCUGUGAGCCCAAAGUCGAAAAGGACGGCAAAAGCUAUCCUCCCAUGGGUAAGAACCCAAGUGCUUAA